GCCAAUUGUUGAACUCAUCGAACCUAAUCUGUCUCUCUCUCUCCGCCCUGCCAUCUCACUCUCAGCUCAGUUCAGCCGUUUUCCUCCGCAGCUUAUCACACCAUGCAUUACCAAGUCCUCCAUUUCUCUUUUUCCUGUUUCAAUCUUUAACUAAUUACUUCAGCUGAAUUUUCAUUCCCAUUAUCCAUAACCAAUUGUUUCAAAUUUUCACUAUUCCAAUCCCCAACAAAGGAUAAAAUAACAUGUCACUGGCAUCAAGAAACCUAUUGACUAGCCCAAAUUCCCGAAUCAACACUACAAUCAACACCUCCAAAACCCAUCUCAGAAACCCGAGACUUCCCCUUUUAUCGUAUCCAAAACCCUUCUUAAACCCCUCAAGAUUCCAUGCUCAAAAACCCCAUUUCCUGAAGUUUGCUACAUUUAUACCACCAAUCCAGAACCAUACCUGGUCCAUCCAGGUUAAGUCCUUGGACUUAGAUGGAACUGUAGGGGAAGAAAGCCGAAGUGAGAAUCCUGCCAACUGGGAUGUCAAUUUUGAUGCAUUUCUUUCAAUUUUGGAGUUUUUCUGCUUGGUUUCGUCCAUCGCGAUUUCGGGCAUUUUAGCCGUGAAUUCUGGAUUUUUGGGCGGUCAAAGGAUGGUUUUUCAGUGGUUGGGAGAGAAGGGGAUGGUGUGGCAAUGUGUGGUUUUGGUUGCUGGAGUUUUAGUUGGGGCGGUUAUUCGGAGGAGGCAAUGGAGGAGGAUUUGUCAAGCGAAGUAUUUUUCGAGGCCGGUGAAUUUAGUGGAGAGAAUUGAGAAAUUAGAGGAGGACUUCAAGAGCUCGGCUACAGUUAUCCGGGCUUUGUCUAGGCAGCUUGAGAAGCUUGGAAUCCGAUUUCGGGUUUUUAGGAAGGCCUUGAAAGAGCCCAUUGCUGAGACUGCUGCAUUGGCCCAAAAGAACUCUGAGGCAACUAGAGCGUUGGCCAUUCAAGAGGACAUUCUGGAGAAGGAGCUUGGUGAAAUUCAAAAGGUUCUGCUGGCAAUGCAGGAGCAGCAACAAAAACAACUGGAACUCAUCCUUGCAAUUGCAAAAAGUGGAAAAUUAUGGGAUACCAAGCGGGAAGAGAAUCAUGGAAAUAAUACACCUGCUGCAUCUAAUUCAGUUGUUGACGGUGUCCAACAGUUGGGGAAAAACCAAAUCCAAGCCGUGGCUGGUCAGAAAGAGAGCGACAAUGAUAAUAUGUAGUAGAUGUUCCUGGCAGUAACCAGAAAUGGACAUGCCCGUUUUGUUCAUAGAUGAAAUCCAGAUACUGGGCCUUGUUUAACUGAAGCAGUUGAAAUGCCCUUCUGGCAUCUGAUCUUCGUGGAAGGAUGGAUAUCCUUACUUUCAAUUACCCUGCAACAAGUAUUUGACUGCAUGGUUCAAGGAAGAAGAGGUUAUAAAAGAUAGAAACAGGAAAACUGAAAUGUGUUAGUGUAGUUCUUUUGAAGAAAGCAUUGUAACAACUAACAAUACAUGAUUCAUUCAUGGAACUUUUGGAUUAUUAAUUUAUCAAACUUUGUAAAGAUUUCGCUUGCUCAUAUAUCAAGUGCUUUGGCCUUUUAUCCUUCA